CAUGCAGGCUGUCAGACUGUUGACCUGCAGCCUGUUCCGCAAGUCUGUCCUGAUCUAUACACCGAGAGUGAAUGAAGUUAGAUUAGACGCGCAGUCACCACGUGCAGUUUUAAUGCGUUCUGCGGAGAAGGGAGAUUGGCGUUGGUCACAGUUUUUUUUUGACGACGUAGUUAAGGCGGCAGGCGUGUUUUGCCAAGGCGGCCGCCUUGACUGCAAAGUGCUGCGGGAAACCCUGGCGUAUGUGCCCAGAGUUUAAUAUUUAACAUAUUUAGCAAAACAUCAUUGUAGACAGCCUAAUACAGCUAAAUAAAGAAUUUUAUGAUUAUGUUUUUAGUUCACUGGUUAAUAUUCAACUGGACUGGAAUGAGUAACAUCAUAUUUAUUGUUUGUUUUUACUGGAAAUGUGAUAAUGACAAGUCACAUGUAGUUCUCCUAUUUGGUCUUAUUAUAUGCCAUAUAAUGAUUGACCAUCUCAAUGCCACUAAGCACCUUAUCAGACAUGUUAUCUGGCGUCCCUAUACUGUAUGUCUGCCAACCCUGUAGAACCUGAGCACAGACAGGAGAGGUAGCCAUGUUUCAGGCCCUCGCGUCUCUGUGUUAAGGUGACAUGUUAAUGUCUGAUAUCUGUCUGAACUUGUCCUCCUGUAUUGUGAGUCUCCCAGUAGCUCCACCAUUAGAACUAAAUAAAAGUCAAGCCUGCUUCCCUCGAUGUGUGUUGUGUGAAUCUAUUUCAUCCUCCUCAACACUGAGUACAUGUACAACAAACAAUAUUGACACACUAAGAAAGAAAAGUGACCCACAGACCAGUCUUAAAUCCUAAAUCACAGACGACUAUAAACAGAACACGGAACGUGUCAGAAAACAAGUAAAUGUAUAACUGUUUCCUGGAUGAAUCUUCAUAAAAAUUUACAGCAACACAAGAUUCCAUAAAAUAAUCAUUAAUGAUCUACUGAAGGCUGUUAGAUGUUAGAUGGAUGGAUAGAUAUAAACGGAUGGUGAACUGCACCAGGGGCCUGUCAGCUCAGCACAUGUGAGCUCCUGCUGAGAGAGCUGGGGGCCAUGCAGGAGAAGAUGAGGGCCGUGAAAACCAGGCUGGAGGCCAGUCAAAGCAGCGCCCAGGAGCUGGCGUCCCUCAAGAGCAAAGUGGUGUCCAUGGACAGUGAGCUGCAGGCCAGCCAGAGGGAGAUUGAGGAGUUAAAGACAGCAAGUGCAGGGAAGGUAGCAUUCUCUGCCUCUGUCGGGGGAUGGGGGAACACAGGACCAUUUAAUGUAGAGAAGACUCUAAAGUAUAAGAAUGUGCUUACAAACAUAGGCAACGCAUACUAUCCAGCCACAGGAAUCUUUGUUGCCCCAGUCAGAGGAAUUUAUUAUUUCCACUUCUGCUACCAUGCUGACCAGUACAAAAGUAAGGCAUCAAUUAUCUUGCACAAAAAUGGUCAGCUAGUAGCCCGUGCUUCGCAUCAUGCAGCAAACAGCGGUGGAACUGAAAACGGAUCUAACGGUGUUGCUCUGCAGCUGGAGGUGGGGGAUCAGGUCUAUGGACCCUUUCAAGAGAGUUCCAUUAUCAGCAUCAUAGUUGGCCCCACAAGGCUUCCGUCUCCUCGCCCCUCAAAUUCUGCCUCUUAA